CUCGUUUGAUAUUUUCCAAUUCCGCGUCUUUCUUUCUCUGUUGAAAUCGAAAAGAUCUUGCAAGUUUCAAAUCUCAUUAGGGUUUUUCAUUUUGAGAAAAAAAAGGAACCAUUUUUAUCUCUCUGUUUUGUUUUCUCGAAUCUGAAGGAGUAAAGUUAAAAGCUUCGAAGGAGAGAAUCAAUGGCGGGUUACAGAGCAGAUGAUGAAUACGAUUACCUAUUCAAGGUUGUUCUGAUUGGUGAUUCGGGUGUGGGCAAAUCCAAUUUGCUUUCACGAUUCACCAAGAACGAGUUUAGCCUCGAGUCUAAAUCCACGAUCGGCGUUGAGUUCGCGACUCGGAGUUUGAAUGUUGAUGAUAAAGUCAUCAAAGCCCAGAUUUGGGAUACUGCUGGUCAAGAAAGGUACCGAGCCAUCACUAGUGCGUACUAUCGAGGAGCUGUUGGAGCGCUUCUUGUCUACGAUGUGACCCGACACUCAACAUUUGAAAACGUUGAGACAUGGCUGAAAGAACUCAGAAACCACACUGAUCCAAACAUUGUAGUCAUGCUAGUGGGCAACAAAUCUGAUCUCCGUCAUCUCGUGGCUGUUCAGACAGAAGAUGCGAAAUCAUUCGCCGAGAAAGAAUCUCUUUACUUCAUGGAAACCUCAGCUCUCGAAGCCACCAAUGUUGAGAAUGCUUUCGCGGAAGUACUCACUCAGAUUCACCACAUUGUGAGUAAGAAGGCAAUGGAAGCUGCAAGUGAAUCCGCUAAUGUUCCAUCGAAAGGAGACAAAAUCGAUAUCGGUAAAGAUGUUUCCGCUGUGAAGAAAGGUGGAUGCUGCUCAAACUAAUAAGAGAGUAGAAUUAUUGUUAACGACCUGAGGAUCGGUUUUUGUUAACGGUUCCUAUCGAAUAUGAAGAUUGCUUUUAGAUUGAGUUAUGACCAUUUGGUGUAUUUCUGUUACUUAUAUAAAUUUAUCAAUGUUAUUGUUUGAAAAUGCUUUGUCAAAUU